AAACUUCAGUUAACCAUCUAUGGUUAUGUAUGUUUUAUUUUGCUGUAGUGAUUGCAAAAGGUGCCAAUUUUAUUUUAUUUUGAAAUAAGAAAUACUUUUAAAAGCCUGUGAUUAAUUAUGUUUAUAUUUUCUUUCAUCUAAUGGUUGGUGUAAUACGUGCAUCAUAAUAUAGAGUUUUCAGUGAAAUUACUUUACAGUCUUUCUUCAAAUUGUGAAAGUGUCAGUACUUAUCAAAAAUAUUGUUUAAUUGUAUUUCAAAAAGCUUUGAAAUAUGAUAUUUAAACGUAAAUACACAAAAUAUAUGUAAAGUAUUAUUUCAUACCUAUUAAGAAAAGAGCACAAUUCGUUUGUAAUAUGUUAAACCAACUGGAUUUUUUUGAGAUUAAUUGAAGUGUUGAAUAAAUUGAGGUCCCAAGAAACACAAUCAAUACCAUGGCCCCAGUACCACUUGAGGGGAUACAAACAACUGCUAUUAGUAACAUGUCACAGGGCGGAUAUGCCACCCCUCAAGAAGGCAACAGGGGAGGACAGAUUUCUUUAGCAAUGCUUAUAGAUUUUAUUGUACAAAGAACAUACCACGAAUUAACUGUUUUAGCAGAAUUACUCCCACGUAAAACAGAUAUGGAGAGGAAGAUUGAAAUCUACAGCUUUGCUGCGAGAACUAGACAGUUAUUUGUCAGACUACUAGCACUGGUAAAGUGGGCUAGCAGUGCCUCAAAAGUAGAAAAAUCUGCUAGGAUUAUGGCCUUUUUGGAUAAGCAGUCUCUCCUAUUCGUAGAAACAGCAGAUAUGCUAGCCCGAAUGGCUCGGGAAACUCUUGUGCAAGCUCGUUUACCAAAUUUCCAUAUACCUGCUGCUGUAGAGGUGUUGACCACAGGUACUUACGGAAGAUUGCCCUCUUGUAUUCGGGAUCGAAUUGUGCCCCCCGAUCCUAUUACUAAUGCAGAAAAACGAGCCACUUUGCUGAGAUUAAAUCAGGUCAUUCAACAUCGACUUGUUACAGGGAAUCUUCUACCACAAAUGAGAAAUUUAAAGAUAGAAAACGGUCGUGUAACAUUUCAUGUGGAACGCGAAUUUGAAGUUUCGUUAACUGUUAUGGGAGAUGGCCCAAACAUACCUUGGAGACUUUUAGAAAUCGAUAUUCUUGUUGAAGAUAAGGAAACCGGAGAUGGAAAAGUUUUGGUUCAUCCCUUGCAAGUUCAGUACAUUCAUCAACUAAUACAAGCACGUUUAGUUGACAAUCCCUUGCCAUUAACAGAAGUUUACAACUGUUUGCAUUUUUUCUGCCAAUCCUUACAACUUGAAGUAUUGUACACUCAGACAUUACGUUUAAUGAGAGACAGGCUAGAUGAUCACAUCCAUGUAGAUGAAUAUGUUCCUGGAAGAUGUUUGACAAUAUCCUACUGGAGGGAGUUAACUACAAAAGGAAGAGAUAAUUCAAAUAAAGAUCUGAGAUCAGAAUUGGGUUAUAAACUGAGCGUCCAAGUCGAUCCUCACGAUUCAGCAAGACCUCUGUCAGUUCAGCACGUUCCAUCACUAGGAAGCAAGGAAAGUGAAAUAGCCGAUAGGGCUAUCCGAUGUGAACUUCUUUCAAUGGAAAGGCUUUUGGUACACACAAUUUAUGUAAGGACUCGCAGCAGGUUGUCUGACAUAAAACAGGAAUUGCAAGGAAUGCUUAAAGAUGUUGAAUGCAAUUUACAAGGAUCCCCUGCAAUUUUAUCAGUGGCAAUUUUACAGCCGUGUCUUCGCGCGGAACAGUUGCUUAUAACCGUUGACACUCACACAGGGAUGCUUCAGUGUCAAGUUCCGCAGUAUGACGCUCCUCUAAUACCCGAACUGCAGAAUUCGCUCAAUGGAGACCAUGCUCGGCUACCAGUACUUAUUAGUGAAUUAAGGUACUGGAUAACUCAACGUCGAUGCGAAAAAACACUCCAGCAUCUUCCUGCCACAGCUCACGAACGUCUACCCCUCCUACAUUACGCCGAUCAUCCCCUCACAAAAAUAGGACGCCAUAGGAUGUGCGUUCAACUACAUAGACAUCCAAACGUUAUUUUGAUUGUCGAAUUGAAAGAAAAAGAGAAUACAUCGUGUGAAGUCGGCUUUUCUUUUUAUUUAGCUGUUGUAAAGCAAUCAAGUAUUGAAGACAACCCAAACGAUGAUACUAUAGAAACAGAAAUUCCUAAAUCUUACCUUAAAGUACAGUCAUUAAUUGAACUGGACACGUUCGUUGUUACCCAUGGUCCAUUUACAAAUGUCGAUGAAGAAAUUGACACUGAAAGAAAUGAAAGUAGCGGAUUAAAACGUAAAACUUCAACUAACAAAAUGGAAUGUGGGACCAGAAGAUCAAAACAGCCAGCUUAUUUUAUAUCAGAACUUGCUCAUGUCGUUGCAAUGUGUGACGAAAGACUUCCGUUUAUCACAUUGACAAAAGAGUUGACAAAUCGAAGUAUAUUCCACCAAGGUUUGCAAGUGGAGGCAAAUGCUACGGGGUUGGUUCUUAGAUUAAUUCAGUUACCACCCCCAACUCCUGAAAUUGGCCAAUCUCCUGCAUGGCAGGCUUUACUUAAGAGAAUGUUAUCGGUUUCAAUCAGGGUUCAAAGCAAAGGAAUGCAAAAAAGCUGGAUGACAGAAUUUGUUUUCUAUUCCAGUCCCUUAAUAAGCAGUCAUCCUAAAGAACAAGGUAAUCGUAGACCAGUAUAUUUUCAAUAUGAUAUGGGAACUAUAGACACCAUUACUCGGACUGUUGACUCGUUGUUAGAUGACUGGUAUCAAAUUGUACAUUUGUACAUGAUUGUACAUGAUCUCAGCGAAUACCUUUCUUCAGACAAAUACAAUCUAUCAAAUAUGUUUAGUGUAAAAUCCUACAACUACAGUAAGCUGAUUCUAUACUAUGGUCAAGAGAAAGGAGCAAUAGUAUCAAUAAAUUGGAAUAACAGUGAAAAGGUUUUCAAAUUGGCGUUCGGUGCAAAUAAUAAUGCCUUAAAUGCCCAUUCUUUGAUAAGGGAGCAACUGGAAGCUCAUCUAAAUCAACAUCGUAAUUUGGCGCAGAUUAUUCAGUUACUAAAUGAGUCCUAUGAACCCCUCAUUUCUAUCAGUAAGCUUCCCUCUUUACCCCAACUGGGUGUUUACAACACACAGAGGCCUCAAGUUCCCGUCCAAACGUUCACGGUGAUGGCUCAGUCGUGCACUUUAAUAAGAUUGGCAUAUCAGGGCAUGUAUUGUUUAGAAUUACGAUUACGCGGAGGCGGAUUAGUUUCUUUAAGAGACGGGGCAUAUAGCAGAUACGACAGAAGCAACGUGGUUGAUGUGUUUACUCCCACUCAAGGGCUGAAAGCAUUCCUUUCGAAAUACGUUGACGAAAGUGCUGUGUUUAGAAGAAGAUCGCAGUCAGAAGACGAUAAUCCACCUUCGCCCAUUUCGAUGGAAGUAGAGGGAAGCGGUGGAUUUUUAGGUCAUCAUAAAGGACCUCAAUCUCCUGCUCAACAACGUGAGACUGGUCUUCGUUUCCACCCUCCUCUCACCCCACCAUCAGGUUCGAAUCCACAUACCCCGGCAAGUCCACACACCUCAAAUAUUAAUCAACCAAGCAGUCACACGAAUUUUGGCUCCAGUCCUGCCACAUCAUUCAGUUUGGCGUCUCCUACCUCUCUACCAGGAAAUGUGAACCCUAGUCCAUUGCCAGUUUUACCACAUCCCAGUCCUGGAUCCGGUUUAGUCGCCAACUCGCCUCUUAAUCCUCACGUGCCAAGUCCUGGGGGUCUGCUAUCAAAUUCGUCUCCAGGACCAUCAUCUACCAAUUUGCCGGGGCAUUCACCUGGAAGUAGUUUUAUGCAACAGGCAGGUCAUUCCGAUGGGAGUCCUUUUCCUUCGUCACAAAGUAUGACUUCCCCGGCAGCCUCAAACUGGCCUGGCUCUCCAAGUGUCCCUAGACCUUCACCUGCUAGGCCAGGGCAGUCUCCCGGAGGCCCAAUUAUGCAUAGUCCUCAAUCAGACUUAAAAAUAGGAGGUCAUUUGUCAAGAGUGUUACCCCAAAGGUCCUGGGCCGGAGCGGUUCCUACGUUACUAACACACGAAGCUUUGGAAACCCUUUGUUGCCCUUCGCCACAUCCACAAGGGCUUCCUGGACCUGAAUUAGCCCCUCUUGAGAGGUUCCUAGGAUGCGUGUUUAUGCGUAGACAGUUACAAAGAUUUGUGCAUAACGAAAAUUACUUAACAGCAUUACCAAUGACAGAGCCUGGUGUGAUUCAUUUUAAAGUAGCAGACACUCUUCAGUGUCGUAUAGGUUUAAACACCCAACAUUUGCAAUCAUUGCAUUUAAAGAUUACACCUACGCCUGAAUCAAAAGACGUUUGGAAUUCUGAAGAACUACAAAUGAUUGAGAAGUUUUUCGAUUCGAGAGCUGCAGCCCCUCCAUAUAAGCCAAUUUCGAUGUUUGGAUUUUGUUGUAUGCUAAACGUUCCUGUCAAUAUCCUAAAGGACUUUGUACAAAUUAUGCGCCUGGACUUGAUGCCUCAGCUGUGCCAACAGCAGGGAUUCAAGUGGUCUGUCCAGUGGAUGCUCAGGAUACCUCCUUCUGCAAUUCCCAUAGUUCCUACAGGAAUGGCAGCUGUCCUCGUUUAUAGAACGAAAAUACUAUUCUUUUUACAAAUAACACGUAUAGGUGUCCAAUAUCCUAACAGUAUGGAACCUCCUUCUCUGGUUCUGCCUUUGGUAUACGACAUUAGCACUAAUAUAACACAAUUGGCAGAAAAACGGGACGCGGGACCCGCGCCUGCAAUGACGGCUGCGAGUCAGCUCCUCAAACACUUUGCCCAGUUCCAGAGCAAUCAUUCAGAAUGUUCUUUACUCCCUGCUGUUCGAGAGCUUCUUAUGAACCUGACCCUAUCAUCUGAUCCUCAACAACCAAGCCCUGCUCCUGGUGGAGUCCAACAAAUCCAAUCUCCUGCUAUGCAGAUGACACAAGGUGGUCAGCCCGGCUAUCCCGUUAAUAUACCCAUGGGAAUGAUGGGACCACAAUAGUGUUUAUAAAGAACCAAGAAGAUUCUUCAGAAUUGUCAAAAUAAG